GAAAUUGAGAAAGAGAUGUUGUGCAAACAAUGGUACACAAAGCUUCGUCGCUCUGCUUACAUCAGCCACCCAAAGACUUUCCUGUCCUUCACCAAGUUCAGGCAGGAUGAGUUAUCCUCCACCUCCUCCAGGCUUUAUGCCUCCUCCACCAGGUAUGAAUCCUGCGAACCAGGCUUCCGGAUCGAAGAUGCCUCCAGAAGUCCUCGCUCAAAAGUCCAUGAAGUGGAAACAAAUGCAGAGGAAGAGAUAUGGUGAAAAGCGGCGGGGUGGUUAUGUAGAUAUGGGCAAAGUGGAUUUACCACCAGAGCAUGUUCGCAAAAUUAUUAAGGACCACGGUGACAUGAGCAACCGCAAGUUCCGAAACGACAAGCGCGUUCACCUUGGUGCUCUCAAGUAUGUUCCUCAUGCAGUCAUGAAGCUGCUGGAGAACAUUCCAUAUCCUUGGGAGCAAGUCCGUGAAGUUCCAGUGUUAUACCACAUCACUGGAGCGAUUACAUUUGUCAACGAAAUUCCUCGGGUUAUCGAACCCAUCUAUCACGCUCAAUGGAGUACUAUGUGGCUGGCGAUGCGAAGAGAGAAGCGGGACCGACGACAUUUCAAGCGGAUGCGUUUCCCUCCAUUUGAUGACGAGGAACCUCCUCUUGACUACGGAGAUAACGUUCUGGAUGUGGAACCGCUUGAGGCUAUACAGCUUGAGCUUGACUCAGAAGAAGAUUCUGCCAUUAUCGACUGGUUUUACGAUCCCAAACCCCUCGUCGACACACCUGCUGUCAAUGGCUCGUCUUACAAAUACUGGUCAUUGACGCUUCCCAUAAUGGCAAACUUAUAUCGGCUGGGUCGAACACUUCUCUCAGACCAGCCGGACCAGAACUCUAACUAUCUUUUCGACAAAAAAUCCUUCUUCUCUGCGAAGGCCUUGAAUAUGGCCAUUCCAGGAGGACCCAAGUUCGAGCCGCUGUACCGUGAUAUGGACUCAUUUGAUGAAGAUUGGAACGAGUUUAAUGACAUUAACAAGGUCAUUAUUCGGCAGCCAAUAAGGACGGAGUACAAAGUCGCCUUUCCUCAUUUAUACAACUCCCUCCCGCGCUCUGUGCACAUCUCUCCAUACCAUACCGCCAAAAACGUUUACAUCCGCACUGAUGACCCCGACCUCCCUGCUUUCUACUUUGACCCCCUCAUCAAUCCAAUCUCCCUCCGUGGUCAUACCGCCAAAAAUGCACCUUUAGUGUCCCACGAAGACAGCAUUUUUGGACCAAAUGGCGCUGACGAUGACACUUUUGUCCUUCCCGACGAGGUGGAGCCUUUCCUCGAGGAGAAAGAUAUCGAGAACGACUUAACGGCCGACGGUAUCGCAUUGUGGUGGGCACCUGAACCAUACAACCGCCGCUCUGGACGCAUGCGUCGUGCCCAAGAUAUUCCUUUGGUGAAGAAUUGGUACCUUGAACAUUGUCCACCUAAUCAGCCGGUUAAAGUUCGGGUGUCGUACCAAAAACUGCUGAAGUGUUAUGUCCUGAACGAGCUCCAUACGAGGCCUGAGAAGGCGAUGACGAAGAAGAAUCUUUUCCGCCAGUUAAAGGCUACGAAGUUCUUCCAGACGACGAAAUUGGAUUGGGUUGAGGCUGGACUGCAAGUCUGUCGACAAGGAUAUAAUAUGCUCAACCUCCUGAUUCAUCGCAAGAAUCUCAACUACCUUCACUUGGACUACAACAUGAACUUGAAGCCUGUCAAAACACUGACUACGAAAGAACGGAAGAAAUCUCGCUUCGGAAAUGCCUUCCAUCUGUGUCGAGAGAUUCUCCGUUUGACCAAGCUGGUUGUUGACGCACAUGUUCAAUUCCGUUUGGGCAAUGUGGACGCCUUCCAGCUUGCAGACGCACUGCAGUAUAUCUUUGCUCACAUAGGAGCUCUCACCGGCAUGUAUCGAUACAAGUACAAGCUUAUGAGGCAAGUCCGUAUGACUAAGGAUUUAAAGCAUUUGAUCUAUUAUCGUUUCAACACGGGGCCCGUUGGAAAAGGUCCGGGAUGUGGAUUCUGGGCUCCUGGUUGGCGAGUUUGGCUCUUCUUCAUGCGUGGCAUUGUACCACUCUUAGAACGAUGGCUCGGUAACCUUCUCGCACGUCAAUUCGAAGGCCGUAACAGCAAGGGUAUCGCCAAAACUGUAACCAAGCAGCGUGUCGAGUCGCACUACGAUUUAGAGUUGCGGGCAGCUGUUAUGCAUGAUAUUCUCGACAUGAUGCCUGAAUCAAUCAAGCAGAACAAGUCCAAGACCAUCUUACAGCACUUGUCGGAAGCUUGGAGAUGUUGGAAGGCGAACAUCCCUUGGAAAGUUCCUGGAAUGCCUACGGCAAUCGAAAACAUCAUCUUACGGUACAUCAAGAGCAAGGCUGAUUGGUGGUGCUCUGUUGCACACUAUAAUCGUGAGCGUAUUAGACGUGGUGCUACUGUGGACAAAGCUGUGGUAAAGAAGAACCUUGGCCGCCUAACGCGUCUCUACCUCAAGGCGGAGCAGGAACGCCAGCAUGGAUAUCUCAAAGAUGGCCCUUACAUCACUGCCGAAGAAGCAGUGGCCAUUUAUACGGCCACUGUUCAUUGGCUGGAGAGCCGAAAGUUUGCUCCAAUUCCUUUCCCACCGUUGUCGUACAAGCACGACACCAAACUACUUGUUUUAGCGCUCGAGAAGCUCAAGGAGGCGUAUUCGGUGAAGGGACGACUCAAUCAGUCUCAGCGUGAAGAACUCGCGUUGAUCGAACAAGCAUAUGACAAUCCUCAUGAGUGUCUGUCGCGGAUCAAGCGUUUACUCCUCACCCAACGGGCAUUCAAAGAGUCUGGCAUAGAGUUCUUCGAUACAUAUGACAAGCUUAUCCCCUGUUAUGACAUUGAACCUGUUGAGAAGAUUACUGAUGCUUAUCUCGACCAAUUCCUCUUCUUCGAGGCGGACAAGCGUGGCCUGUUCCCUGCAUGGAUCAAACCUGCUGACACCGAGCCUCCUCCACUGCUUGUUUACAAGUGGUGCCAAGGCAUAAAUAAUCUUACCGAUAUUUGGGAAACAAGCGAAGGAGAAUGCAAUGUUCUAAUGGAGACCGUACUGUCGAAGGUCUAUGAGAAGAUAGACCUGACAUUGCUCAAUCGUCUCCUUCGUUUGAUUCUGGAUCACAACCUUGCUGAUUAUAUAACGGCUAAGAAUAACACAGAUAUGGCGCAUACCAACGCUUUUGGUCUUAUACGGGGACUGCAAUUCUCUGCCUUCGUUUUCCAGUAUUAUGGAUUAGUCUUGGACUUGCUGAUCUUGGGUCUCCAACGGGCUAGUGAAAUGGCUGGACCUCCUCAAAUGCCAAACAACUUCCUGCAAUAUCGGGACUCAAGUACGGAAACCCGGCACCCUAUCCGACUAUACUCCCGUUACGUUGAUAGGCUUCACAUUCUAUUCCGGUUCACAGCAGAUGAGUCCCGAGAUCUUAUUCAGAGGUAUCUUUCGGCCAAUCCUGACCCGACUAACAACAAUGUCAUCGGGUACAACAACAAGAGAUGCUGGCCAAGGGACUGCAGGAUGAGGCUCAUUAAACACGACGUGAACUUGGGUCGUGCAGUCUUCUGGAACGUCAAGCAGUCUCUUCCUAGGUCCUUGACCACGAUUGAAUGGGAAGAUACAUUUGUCAGCGUUUACUCGCAGAACAACCCGCAGCUCUUGUUUUCAAUGUGCGGCUUUGAAAUUCGCAUCUUGCCGAAGAUCAGGACCAUGAGCGGGGAGCAAUUCUCAUUGAAGGAUGCUGUCUGGAACUUGACGAAUGAGCAGACGAAGGAGCGUACUGCUCAGGCGUUCCUCAGGGUGUCUGAUGAAGGUGUCCAACAAUUCAACAACAGAAUCAGACAGGUGCUUAUGAGCUCUGGUUCUACAACGUUCUCCAAAAUCGUGAACAAAUGGAACACUGCUCUCAUUGGACUUAUGACCUACUACCGCGAAGCCGUUAUCCAUACCAAUGAGCUGUUGGACUCCCUCGUCAAGGCAGAGAAUAAGAUUCAGACUCGAGUCAAGAUUGGUCUGAACAGUAAGAUGCCUUCGCGUUUCCCUCCAGUCGUCUUCUAUACACCCAAGGAGCUGGGUGGUCUAGGAAUGUUAUCUAUGGGUCAUGUACUGAUACCGCAGAGUGAUCUUCGGUGGUCCAAGCAGACAGAUGUUGCAGUUACUCAUUUCCGUGCUGGUAUGAGCCACGAGGAAGACCAGUUGAUCCCCAAUUUGUACCGUUACCUUCAGCCAUGGGAGGCCGAAUUCCUCGAUUCAGCGCGUGUCUGGUCUGAAUAUUCCAUGAAGCGUAAGGAGGCCAAUGCGCAGAACAGACGUUUGACGCUAGAGGACCUCGAGGAUAGUUGGGAUCGUGGCAUUCCUCGCAUCAACUACCUUGUUCCAGAAGGAUCGCCACACAACUUACAAGUACCUGCGACUAGCAAUCCUUUCUGGUGGACUUCGCAGCGGCACGAUGGUAAACUUUGGCAACUCAACAACUAUCGUGUGGACGUCAUCGCGGCCUUGGGUGGUGGCACUUACUUCCCUACUUGGGAAGGUCUCUUCUGGGAAAAGGCUUCUGGAUUCGAAGAGUCGAUGAGAUACAAGAAACUCACCAAUGCCCAGCGUUCAGGUCUCAAUCAAAUACCUAAUCGACGUUUCACUCUUUGGUGGAGUCCAACAAUCAAUCGCGCAAAUGUAUAUGUUGGUUUCCAGGUGCAACUUGAUCUCACAGGCAUUUUCAUGCAAGUACAUAUUUACCUAUUCCCAACCCUGAAAAUCAGUUUGAUCCAAAUAUUCCGAGCCCAUUUGUGGCAAAAGAUCCAUGAGAGCGUCGUUAUGGACUUGUGUCAAGUGUUCGAUCAGGAGUUGGAGCCUUUACAAAUCGAAACUGUUCAGAAAGAGACGAUUCAUCCUCGUAAGAGUUACAAGAUGAACAGCUCUUGCGCGGAUAUCCUACUCUUUUCGGCUUACAAGGCAAUUACCAGCUCUGCUCCCUUUCUUAACAUGACUAAAUGUGUCAAGGACGUACUAGACGGCACUACCAGCAACAAAUAUUGGAUUGAUGUCCAGUUAAGAUGGGGUGAUUUCGAUACACACGACAUUGAGCGUUACACUCGUGCCAAGUUCCUGGACUAUGUGUCUGAUUCCAUGAGUAUCUACCCGUCGCCAACAGGAGUGAUGAUCGGCAUGGACCUGGCUUACAAUCUGUGGUCGGCGUAUGGUAACUGGUUCCCUGGCAUGAAGCCUCUUAUCCAGCAAGCAAUGGCCAAAAUCAUGAAAGCUAACCCGGCCUGCCACGUGCUACGGGAACGCAUACGUAAAGGUUUACAACUGUAUUCGUCCGAGCCAACAGAGCCAUACUUGAACAGUCAGAUCCGACAUAAAACGUUCGAAGGAAACUUGACUACCAAGCCAAUCAACGGCGCUAUCUUCAUUUUCAACCCUCGAUCCGGUCAACUGUUCUUGAAGAUCAUUCACACUAGCGUUUGGGCUGGCCAGAAGCGUCUCGGUCAGCUGGCGAAAUGGAAGACUGCCGAGGAAGUUGCUGCUCUCGUUCGCUCCUUGCCUGUUGAAGAACAGCCUAAGCAGGUCAUCGUUACCCGCAAGGGCAUGUUAGAUCCUCUUGAGGUUCAUUUGCUAGAUUUCCCCAACAUCGUUAUUAAGGGCAGUGAAUUGCAGCUACCCUUCCAAGCGUGCAUGAAGAUGGAGAAGUUCGGUGAUCUUAUUCUGAGAGCUACGCAACCUCAGAUGGUCUUGUUCAGUCUUUAUGAUGACUGGCUGAAGUCUAUCUCGAGCUACACCGCCUUCUCCAGGCUAAUUCUCCUGCUACGUGGUUUGCACGUCAACAAUGAGAAGGCCAAGAUCAUUCUCCACCCUGACAAAACAACGAUAACUGAGCCUCAUUUCGUGUGGCCAUCACUCAGUGAUGAAGAAUGGAUUAAGGUUGAAGUUGCAAUGAAGGAAUUGAUCUUGGCGGACUUUGGCAAAAGGAACAGCGUCAACAUCGCAUCCUUAACGGUCAGUGAAGUCCGGGAUAUCAUUUUGGGUCAAGAGAUCGCAGCGCCGUCGGUUCAGCGCCAACAGAUGGCGGAGCUAGAGAAGAGUUCUGAAGCGCAGAGCCAGGUGACGGCGGUACAGACGCAAACCACCAACGUGCACGCGACCAACUACGAGCAGCAAGUGUUCAGCAGCAAGUCUGAUUGGCGUGUUCGAGCUAUAUCGUCCACACAUCUUUCGCUUCGUCUCCAGCACAUAUACGUUUCCAACGAUGAUGUGAAGGAUGAUGCGGCCUCAUACACUUACGUCUUACCAAAGAACAUCCUCCGUGCAUUUAUUACUGCCGCCGACCUCCGUACGCAAGUGGCUGCAUAUCUAUACGGUGUCUCUCCUCCCGAUAACAAGCAGGUCAAAGAGAUCAAGGCGGUCGUAUGGUUACCAUCGCGGAUGCCGAAGGAUGAUUUCCUGCUGAAAGACCUCGAGUUCCUAGGAUGGAUCAAGACGCAGGCUUUGGAAAUCAACCACAUGUCUCCCACAGAUUUGAUGGCUGACCAUCCAGAACUUGGAUCGUCUUGCAUCUGUAUCACCGCUUCAUUCACUCCUGGAUCUGUUUCAUUGUCGGGACAUACACUCACACCCGGUGGAUUUGAAUGGGGCAGAAAGAAUGCCGACAAUUCUUCAAACCCUCCCGGCUUCAACCCCAACAUGUCAGAGAGGGUUCAAUUGCUCUUAUCUGAUCGUAUCCUAGGCAUGACGUUAGUUCCGGAAGGCAGAGUAUGGAAUUAUGGCAUUGGUCUUACCCAACUGUGGUCCCCCAAUCUCCCCUAUGCCAUGACGCUAGAUACUCCACUGUUGUUCUGGGCUGAGGAGCAUCGACCGGCGGCAUUCUUGACAUUCGCUAAUCUCGAGCAAGGAGAGGACAGUGCUGAUGUUGAAAAUAGCUUUGCUUGAUUUUGCUGUGAAAUUCAUUCCGUACGUAGUACUAAUUAUUGGCACAUUUAUAUUUUUAUGUAAUUGUAUGACACAACUGUAUA